AUGGUGCGAAAAUCGACCCUCUGUUUGCUGGUGGUGAUAGGAUGCGUGGCGCUGGUGGCUCAGGGCCGGCCGCACGGCAAGGAGUGGAAGCACGGCGGCGGCAAAGAUCACCAUUCCGAGGAACACUCGUCGCACGGCGAGAAGGGCGAGAAGGGGCACAAACACAAGGAGGAACACGACGAAGGCAAGAAAGGCCACCACGAUAAGGAGGGCCAUAAAAAGGAGUACCACGACGAAGGGGGGAAAAAGAAAAAGCACCACGACGAGGGCGGCUACCACCACGAGAGCAAGAAGGGCGAGAAGGGCGAGAAGGGACACAAGUUCGAGGAGAGCGGCCACUUCAAGAAGGGCCACUCGACGAAGGGACACCACGAGAUCCACAAGAAGGACGAGUUCGAGAAGAAGAAAAAGUUCUUCGACGAAGACCACGACGAGGCGUUCGAUGAGAAACACGGCGAUUUCCACGAAGAACACGGCUACAAAAAGGGCGGCCACGAGAAGGGCGGCCACAAGAAGGGCGGCCACCACCAAGAUCACUACGGAAAGAAGGGCCACAAGAAGAAGGGUUCGCACCACCACGACCACAAAGGUCACAAGGAUGAACACGGCCACGACAAACACUGGAGCCACAAGGAGGACUUUGGCAAGAAAGGCGGCAAGGAGCAUCACAAGAAGUGGGGCCACAAGAAGGGCGGCCAUUAG